GUAGCCAAACAAUCAUUUCGAGUAGUAGAUAGCUGUAAAUUUGAUAAUUACAGUGAUACUCUUGAUAUAUCGGUAGAUGAAAAUUCUGGGAUUGUUAAAACAACAAAUGAACUUGGGCGUGCUCAUGUAUUCAUUACUUCUACAGAAGAUUUAAAUAUUGUGCAAUCUUUAGAUGUACCUAUUGAAGUAAAACGAGUAAAUUAUGUGAUGAUUAAUAUUAAAACCGAUAUCAAUUCAAAAGAAUCUUCACAAAUGUCAGUUCUUCCAAGUGGAAUGAAUUUAAAACUAAUUACUUCGUAUCACGAUGAAAAAGGAGUUCAGUUUAAGGCUAUCAAUUCUGAUCUAAAAUAUCUAACAAGUCAUCAAAAUAAGAUUUCAAUGACACCUGGUGAUCAAAAACAUAUAAUGGAAGUUUCUCUAUUUGAAUCUGGUGAAGUAAUAUUGAAAAUAUGGGAUGAUGGAGUGUAUCAUUUUAAAGAAGAUUAUAUUAAGUUUCAUGUUGAACAUCUUAUUUAUCCAAAUAAAGCUACUGUUACUGUUGGAGAUGUUAUUUGUUUUUUGAUGCCUGUCAAAUUUACUGAAGAAGAUACCAGUGAGUGGUUGUCUGAUAACUCAAAAACAUUAUCAGUUGAUAGUUCUUCUGGAUUUAGUGUAGCUAUGGCACCUUCAGAAGUUUUUGUGACAUAUUCUAAUAACAAAUUCAAAACAUCUACAAGCAUUAACAUUUUACCAAUCAAAACUAUAAUAAUUUUGCCUUUUGAGAAAAAGGCAUUGAGUAAUAGUGCUACUGUUGAUAUCCACUUAAUUUUACUUAAUGAACAAGAGUCCGUUUCAUUAAUUAAAAAUAAAAAAGGAAACAUGUGGGAAUGGCGUGAUGAUGAUUGUUCGAAUCGGGAAAACACUGUUAAACGUUUUCCAUUUGUUUGUGAUGUUCAUUUUGAGUCUAUUUUAUCUAAUCAAAUGAAAAUUCCAUCAAUAAAUCGUGUGUUUGAUAUCAAUCCCUAUUUUAACUCAAAGACAGGCCUUUACAGUUGUCAACUAACACCUCGUCCAAUUGUUGACCAGGAAUUGAGUUUAUUUCAAGCUAAAGUUGUUAUUCAGGUGUCUGCUGUUAAUGUAUUCAAUGAGCAUAAAGAUAUUACAUUUAUACCAUCUGUCUAUAUCAACAUGAAAGAAUUGUUUUUAGGCCAGUUUAGUGGCACAGAUAAACUUAUUAUUGUUGGUUUACCCCUAGUAUUAUCUCAAAUUGAAGUUACAUCUAGUAAUCAUUCAUUAGUGUUUCCUGUACUAUUUAGUGAAAGUGAAAAUGAAAAAGUUUAUUCAUUUGUUGUGAAUGAUGAUUUUUGGAAUGAAAAACUUCUCGAUCUUUAUAUUCGUGUGUCUUCAAAUUUAACUUAUCAAAACAUAAAAAUACCAGUUGUAACUUUUCGUUCAUUGAAUGAAUAUAAUUUUUCAAAAGCACAAUUGCCUAUUGCAAAUAAACAAGAUUCCAAAAAAAAUCAAAAAUCAACAAUGACAAGUCUGUUUUCUGGUUUUUCAAAUAGUAUAUUCUCUAAUCCAUACAUUCUUAGUUUUGUUGUCAUAAUUAUCACUUCUUUAGUUGUUUAUUGUUAUGGAUUUUCAUUCAACAGUAAAUAUAUAUCUGUUUUUAAAAAUACUCAACUUCCACCAUCUCCAACAAAUGUGGGUUUUUAUAACAGAAGUUAUUCAAGUGAUCAAAACAAUAGGUCAUCUUCAUUGAGCCUCAAUAGAUCUCUCACAAGGAUGCAGUAAAUCUAAACUCGACUUAAUCUUGUUAUUCAACACUAAGCCUAAUGUCAAACUUUUUAAUUAAAUGUGAAUACUAUUAUGUAUAUAUUUUUUUAGUUAUUCAUGUGUAGACAGCAUUCUAUAUCUGUAAAUAUUAUUUACUACUAAAAAAUAUUCUUUGAUUUAAUUAAUGUAGUUGUAAAGUGUUAUGUGUUGUGUAUAGUUUUUUCUUUUGACAGUAAUAUUUUAUAUGAUUUAGUAAGA